UUUCCGCUUGUCGGUAUUAUCGGUAAUUUUACGUUCGGGGAGAGAGAACGCUAUUCUAGAAGUUCUAGGAUACCAGGCUGUCACAUCUCAAGGAUCCCCUUAAAAAAUUUAGAACAGUGGACUAGGAAAGAGUGACUGAAGAGCUUUCAAAUGGCUACGCUCGAGGAUAAAUCUAUUUGGGAGGAUGGCGAGGAGACACUAGGAGAAGAUGUACUGCGAAUGUCCACGGACGAAAUCGUAUCACGUACGCGACUUCUAGACAAUGAAAUCAAGAUAAUGAAGAGCGAAGUGAUGCGGAUUUCGCAUGAACUCCAGGCACAGAACGAUAAGAUCAAAGAAAAUACAGAAAAGAUCAAGGUAAACAAGACCCUACCAUACCUAGUGUCGAACGUUAUCGAGUUGUUAGACGUCGAUCCGCAAGACAUGGGUGAGGAAGAUGGAGCGGUAGUCGACUUAGAUGCACAGAGAAAGGGCAAGUGCGCAGUUAUAAAGACAUCUACUCGUCAAACAUACUUUCUACCUGUGAUCGGGCUGGUUGACGCCGAAUCGCUCAAGCCAGGUGACUUGGUGGGUGUGAACAAGGAUAGUUACCUUGUGUUAGAGACACUUCCAGCUGAGUAUGAUGCCAGAGUCAAAGCCAUGGAAGUAGAUGAAAGACCCACAGAACAGUACUCUGAUAUUGGUGGAUUGGACAAACAAAUUCAGGAGUUAAUUGAAGCUGUUGUAUUACCCAUGACACACAAGGAGAAAUUCGAAAAUUUAGGAAUACAGCCUCCAAAGGGCGUUCUACUCUAUGGUCCACCUGGAACUGGAAAGACUUUGUUAGCUAGAGCCUGUGCUGCUCAAACAAAAUCUACCUUUCUAAAACUUGCCGGUCCGCAAUUAGUGCAGAUGUUCAUUGGUGAUGGCGCGAAAUUAGUUAGAGAUGCGUUUUCGUUGGCCAAGGAAAAAGCACCGGCAAUAAUAUUUAUCGAUGAGCUGGACGCUAUCGGCACAAAGCGUUUCGAUUCAGAGAAAGCGGGCGAUAGGGAAGUACAGCGCACUAUGUUGGAGUUAUUGAAUCAAUUGGAUGGCUUUAGCUCGACGGCCGACAUCAAAGUAAUCGCCGCCACGAAUAGAGUAGAUAUUUUAGAUCCGGCCUUGUUGAGAUCCGGACGUUUGGAUAGAAAAAUUGAGUUCCCACAUCCCAACGAAGAAGCCAGGGCACGCAUCAUGCAAAUUCAUUCACGCAAAAUGAAUAUGUCACCCGAUGUGAAUUUCGAGGAAUUAUCCAGAUCAACGGAUGAUUUUAACGGAGCACAAUGCAAAGCUGUUUGUGUGGAAGCAGGUAUGAUAGCAUUACGACGCAAUGCAACAGAAGUAACUCACGAAGAUUUGAUGGAAGCUAUCAAUGAAGUUCAAGCAAAAAAGAAAGCAAAUCUUAAUUAUUAUGCUUAAUAUGCCACGCCGAACCAUUUAUUUAUUAAGGUAUCUUUUGUAUAAUAUAGAAGAAAAAAAAAGAAGAGAAAUAAAUCUUGUCUCAAUACUGCAGAUUUUUUAACAAAUUAAUUAUUUUAACAGAUUAUUGUUUAUACAAUAAACGACUAAAUUAGCAUUCUUCAAAGCCGUUUGUAUGAAAAGAUUUAAAGAAAAAUAUUACAUUUAUCUUAUCACUAGUUUUCUUGUACACUAGUACAUAUACUAUAUAUUUAGUACAUAUUUAAAUAUAUUUGCAAUAUGGAUUGAGAGAGAGAGAGAGAGAGAAAGAGAGAUUAGACUUAUCAAUUAAGAUUUGAAUGUUAUUUGUUGCUAAAUCAUUAUGGAAAUAAAAUUUUAACGAUUAA